AUGCCGACCAAGUCUACUUUUAGUCGUUGGAAGAAGGCGGACCUAAUUGACCUGGCCAACAAGCUGGAAAUCGACGGCUUCCCCAACUACGCCAAGAAAAGUGAUAUGAUCGAUUACCUCGAAUCGCACUUGAAUCAUCUUGAGAAACCUGUGGAUUUCAAAGACGACUACCCGGAACUAAAGUCUUUUUAUGAGUCGAUGACAGUGGAGCAGUCUAAGGAUGAACGGAACGAGUCCGGAUCUGGGUCCUCUGAGACCGCCACAAAUGAUUCCGAUCUGGAGAAAGCGUAUAUCAAGGACGAGGAUGAUGAAAAGCCGCAAUCUGGCGAUGAAGCAAGGGCGGCAAAGCCGCUUUCCAGUAGGAAUGCAAUUUCAAACGCGAAAACAAACUACAAUUUAUUGGAUUUCAGCUCAGACAACGACUCGUCUACUUCUGCGUUGACUAAGUUUAAGUUUAACUUUCAAGAAUACCUCUCUGAUAUCAGAUACCAAGCGCAGAAACUGAAUGAAAAUGUUCAGGAUUAUCUGUCUACUAUUUCCUCCGUCGACACGAUUUUCUCCUUGUUGGAAUUUUCUUUUCUGCUGAGAAACACAUUAGCCGCCGGGCAGCCGACCUCCUCUUCUUCGCUCACAUCGUCGCUCGAAGCCGCCGUUGCCGCCCAUAAUAAAUAUCAAUGCACACUCGAUUUCUGUCUACCAAUACUCACGUGGCUGCUCUUCUUCAGGGGUAUUCCGUCGUUAGUGUCAUACUAUAUCAACUUCAUCCGCUACGAUUUGAACAUCGAGUUGGACCCGAUGACUUUCAAUCUCACAAAAUUUCUGAUUUCUUUGGCAAUUUUCAAAACCUGUAAUAAUAAAAACAUAGAUUUCCAUUCUUUCCAAUGUGUGAACCAACUAUGGACGCAGCUCUGUACAGUGAAUCACUCUCUUGGUAUGGUACCUCUAGUAUUUUCCAUCGUUAGUUGCCUCCUCACUCUAUACGUAUUAUAG